UCAGCCUCAGACACCUCAGGCAGCCAUGCUGUUGCUACCAUGGAGAAGAUUCUCUCAUCUCUGAAUGGCCUCACUGAGACAUGGCUGACCCUUGGCUCAGCUUCCUACCACAUAGACCUCAGCUACACUCUUCUGAGUGGGCUGGGGCUACUGCUUCUGUACAUCUCAUACCUGAUAUUGAAACUGCUUAUUCACUUGCUGUGGAGAAAGAAAUACACCCCAAAGCGGCAGAGCAGCAUUAGGCGCAAAAAAAGGAAAGCAUUUAAACGGAGGAGAGUUGGCCAGAGAGACCCUGAGGAAGGAAGGAAGCUGCAGACAGUCCUACAAAGUCCAGGCAAGCCAUACGAUCCCACGGUCUUUCGGCAACUGCUAUGUCCAGAUCCCCUCUGUCGCGUAUGUAACAAAGCAAGCACUCAGGUCAGGCACCUGCUCUCUCAGGCUCCCCUGGGAGAUGGUGCUGCCUCGGUGUCCUCUUUGCCAUCUACAGCUCCCCUGACGGAGGCCUCGCUGGCUCUAUCCCCCCACUUUCCUGCAAACCAACCAGGAUACCCAGCUCCAGAAGUUCCUCCCCACACUUCUCUCUCCAUCCUCUCCAAGGACCAAAUCACUCCUCUGGAUGGUGUCUCUUCUCCCAUACCACUCAGCGCCUCUCUGUCACCACAAGCUGCUGCCUCCUUAAACCCUGCAGUGUUACUGGCCCACACCCCACGAAGAACGCUUGCCUCUUUUCCACACCUACAUCCAAAUGCCACUCGGGAAGCACAGUUAGCUCUCCAAGCAGAGGUUCCCCAGCCUCCUGUGGAAAGCCCUAGGGAGUGGUCUCCCAGUGUCUCAACUGCCAACAGCACCGUCUAUGAACCAGCAUCCUCCCGGCCACCGGCCACUGCUGAAGGCCAGUCCCUGACAGAUUUGGCACAUGUUAUUAGCCAUCAGCCUCCUCCAUCAGACUCCUAUGCUUCUCAGGGCUCAUACCAGGGACUCACAAAGGCCUAUGCUGUGGAGCCUGCGGACCGUUUGUCUCCCAGCCCCGAUGUCUUAGCACUCUUCACGAAGCAAGCGGAAGGGGAUGCUGAUGGCACUGUGUAUAAACUUAAAAAGGAGAAAGCAGUAUCUUUUUUAAUGCCAUCAAACACUUCAGGGGAAAUCUCGGCAUCCACUGCUGGGCUAGAAAACCUGGAAGUCUCCCACCUCUUGGGUAAUGAACAGGGAAAGCCAGAGGGCCCCCACCUACUCCAGCAGCCCCCUCAUCUGAAGAACUGUGAAGACCAGUCAGAGACAAAGGACACCCAGCUCUUCUGGGGUCUCCCUUUUCUCCACAGUGAGUCCCUGAAACAUGAGGCUGCCAACACAGGUAAGAGUUACCCAGGAAGGGACUAUUUCAACAACGUGGCUAAGGCCUCCACAGGUGGAGAUUCUUCCAACCUUACUUACCCCAUACCUCUGCCCUUGCCCGAGAGUGACCAACAAGGGCAGAUCGUACUUCAGUCUCAGAUCAAAUCUGACUCCCUCGCCAACUCUAAGGCCCAGCCUCAACCCCUAAGCCAAUUCCCGCCACCCUCUCCUCAAUCCCAGCUUAGGAUAUGUGGGGUACGUUUCCAUAGCCUGAAGAAUGAGGCACAGACUCUCACCCCAUGUGAAAUUCAACAGCUGGAAUACAACCUAUUGCAAAAAGCGCUGCAAAGUUUCUUGGGUUUACCCACUCUAACCCCAAGAUUCCAAGAAGGCGUCUGUUCCCCACCUCCUAAAAUCUCCUCGACCAGAAAUCCAUCCAAGGUCCAUGCUCCCAAGACAAUCCAACCUGGAGACUUCCCCCUCAGCCAUACACUUGAGAGGAAACUCGAACAUCAUCUUCGAAAGAGACUCAUCCAACGCCACUGGGGCUUGCCCCACAGGAUCCUGGAGUCUCUGUCAUUCAUGAGUCCUCAUUCAGAAACUCCUGAGGCCCCCAAACCAAGGGACACCCAUGGACUCUCAUGGGCCUCUCUAUAUAAGUUUAAUGACAAUAAAAACCUACCAAGCUUUGGGGUAAGCCAGUCGGGAGGGUCCCUUAAAAAGCCCUUAGAGAUUCACCCUCCGGAGGAUAAAGACAUCAAUGUUCAGAGACACUGUCCAGGGAUAAGCCAAAGAGAUCCCAUACAAUGUAAGUCCUGUGGAGCUACGAAGAGCAGUAUACAUUCGAUUUCUGAGACAGACCCAGAACUUCAGCCAGGGAAUAUGUCUGGAAAAUUUUCAAAGGCUUCAUGGGUCAAACAGUGCCAGAAAGAAUGUGAAACUUUCCUGCAAAAACAACUGGGCAAGAACACUCGAGAAAUUAGUGGGAGUGAGAUGCCUAGUGCUGUGGACAGCUCAAGGCGUUCUCUGAACAGGACACAGCCUCCACCUGAGACCUGCCCCAGAAAGAUGACACCGUUGCCAUGUGAGGACGACGCACGGACGAGGCACCCCCACAGCUUAGCGCUUAGUCCUAGCAAAGAGAAGACGCUGGAAGAACACAUCACAGCCUUCCGCAGGAGGAUGGCAUUUGGCCUCCCCAAAAGGGUUGAAGAGUCCUUAGAGUCUGACCUCACAAAAGCAGAGCCAUCUUAUCCUUUCCCUCAGGCCCACGUUCAAGCCCACGACGUUUCUGGAGCAGACUCUGCCGAGUCCUCCAGGUCCCUCCGGAGAAACACUACUGGAGAUAGAAUGUGGACAGUGAAUCCAGUCCCCACCCAACAGAGGCCUCUCCCUGCUGCCUCGCUGGUGGGCCACAGCCAGCCAGCCUCUGAGAACAAGAAGGUGGGUGUAGAUAGAGACCUUAGCGUAGUCCCAAGGGGCAGAGAGCCGACCCAGCCCUGGACACCCAGGGGGGCAGACAAAGGUGACCUGCAGCAGCCUGGACCACACAAUAGCUCUGGCCCAGAGCUGCCCAUGAGCCCAGGUGGGCCAACUCAUGAGAGACUGGCUUCCAGCACCAACACACAGGGGUCUCAGGGAGAAAGGAGGAGCUGGGAAGACGGCUCCGAGGCUGAGGGCUCCACAGAGCUACAUGAAGGAGAGCAACUCCCCGGUCUUCACCCACAGUCCACUAAGAGCUUGAAAGGCACCCAAGGCCUGUGCUCCCCAGGGAGCCCUGUGACUGCAUGUCAGUCCCCACAGGGAAUGUCAGUUCCCCACAACUCUGAGAGCCCUGACUCUAAAAGUCAGGAGUCCACGGAAGUCCUGCUGAACUCAGAGGGCGGGACACACAUCCAGGUGCCAGACCUGUCUGCCAUGCCCUCUGCCCCACAAGAUAUGACUGCCAAACCCCAGGGCCCCUCUGGUGGGGACAUGGCAGUUUCUCAGGUGCUGCAUGUGCACUUACCCACUGCGGGCAUCAGCAUGGAGUCGCGGCAGGGUCCCUGGGUCCCUGCAUAUGUCUCAGGCAAGAGCAAGAACAAGGACUGCCUGCCUGCUGCCAGGGGAUUGCCACAGCUGGCAACUGAGGCAGGAAAGCUUGGGGGAGGGGAUGCAGGCUUAGGGACAUCCCAGACCAGAGGGAAGGGACACUGUGUUCAGGCCAGGUCACCAGAGGAGACACAAGGACUCACAUCCUCCCCAGCACUGUCACCUAAGAGUCAGCCUCAGGAAAAUCAGUUCACCAGCCAGGUGAAGGGCUUCUGGCAGAGGCUGUCCCCUGGGAAGAAGCACAAAGGACAGGAGAAGUCCCUGGCCAAGGNCUGCUCUCCAUUAGCAUCUGGGAAGGGCACAAGCCCCAUCAAUGGGAGAUAUGAGUUUUGUGGGAACCCUGAAGCUCAGAACUGUGUGAGGGAGCCUGGGAUGGUCCUGAGGAAGCAGCUGGGGCAUAGGCAUGAGACAGUCACCCCCUGUCCCCAGGCACCUGUGUCUCCCCUCAUGUGGUCUGAAGGAGCCCAGCAGGAGGUGCCCCUGCAGACUCAGGGAGAGCCUGUCCAGAGGCUGCCCCACUUGUGCUGCAGAGCCACCUGCUCUCAAGUGCCAAGGACUGAGUCCUGCAGCCCAGGACAGGGGCAGACAGCCCCUGAGAGGUGUGGCCCUACAGGAAGAGCUAAGAGGGUGGAGACCUCCCCUGUGCAUGCUUCUCCACCAAAGCCCCCUCUGUAGGCAUGAAGUUGGCUGGGAGCCUCUGGCUACCCCUCUCUGUGUGGAGGGCACUGUUGGGAGGUUUGUUUCCAUUAAUCAAAGGAAAAGAAAAGAUUUUCAAGGGCAUAUGUUUGUACUGACAAUAGUCUUAUUCCUUUGCUAAUAAAUUUUCUGUAAAU